UAUCAAAACUAACGGCAAGAAAGUUUCCAAGGUUUUACAUUCUCCCCUUCUCAUCAACUUUUUUACUACUCCCUCUUUGGAAUCUCCACCUCUCCUCCUCCUCCUCCUCUUCUUCUUAUUCUUCUUCUUCUUCUUCCCUACUAAUAGUAUUGUUUUUUCAGAAGGCUAACAAAGUGAUCUUUGGGAGCUUUAGCAUACAACACACCUUUUUACACUGAGCUUAGUGAAUUGAGAGCAGUUGAAGACCUGUAAACAAAUUUUGUUCAUUAAAUAGGUUAGAAGCUUCUAUGCUCAUGGCCACUGCUGCAGUUAUUGGACUUAGUGCAGGAAAGAGGCUCUUGAGUUCCACCUUUUAUUAUUCUGACCUGACAGAAAAGUUUUUCAAUGUCAAUGAUUAUGGAUUAACCCACUACCAAAUUGCUUCAACAAAGAAUGUGAUUGUUGCCAAAAAAUCAUCAAAUUAUGGCUCUAGUUCCCCAUCCUCCAGUAGAAAUACACAGUCUAUUAAGGCUCUUAAAGAACAUGUGGACACUGCCUCUGCUUCCUCAACAGCAACAUGGUUCAAGACAUUCAAUGACACAGAAGAGGAUAGUUCUGAUCUCUACUAUUCAAUAGAGGCACUUCUCUUGCUGCAGAAGUCUUUCCUUGAGAAACAAUGGCAUCUUUCAUUUGAGAGGACAACCUCAUGUGAUUCACCCAGUAGAAAGAGUAAAAAGAAGAUACCUAUCACUUGUUCUGGGUUGUCUGCUCGGCAAAGGAGAAUAAAUACUCGGAGGAAGAAUUUGAGCCAAAGUAAAUCCAUAGUGCAAGCUUGUACAUUUAUGCAGCUAAAAUCAUCUGUCAGUCCUGAACUGCUGCAGAAUUGUUUGAAGGGUUAUGUUAAGGGUGUAGUAAGUGAAGAGCUGCUCACCCAUGGGGAAGUUGUGCACCUGUCAAGGAUAAUAAAAGCUGGUCUUUCCAUGGAGGAACACAAAUCCAGGCUGAAGGAGAGAUUAGGCUGUGGGCCCUCUGACCAACAACUUGCAACUUCCUUGAGGAUUUCUCAUGCAGAGUUACAGUCCAAAUUGAUAGCUUGUUCUUUGGCAAGAGAGAAACUAGCAAUGAGCAAUGUUCGUCUAGUUAUGUCUAUUGCUCAAAGAUAUGAUAACAUGGGCGCUGAAAUGGCUGACCUUGUUCAGGGAGGUUUGAUUGGACUAUUGCGAGGUAUUGAGAAAUUUGAUUCUUCGAAGGGGUUCAAAAUUUCUACUUAUGUUUAUUGGUGGAUACGUCAGGGUGUCUCAAGAGCAUUAGUUGAGAAUUCAAGAACCUUAAGGCUGCCUAAUCAUUUACAUGAAAGGUUAGGCUUAAUACGAAAUGCAAAAAUCAGACUAGAAGAGAAAGGAGUAACUCCUUCAAUUGAUAGGAUUGCAAAGUCCCUGAAUAUGUCCCAGAAAAAAGUUAGGAAUGCAACAGAGGCAAUUAGCAAGGUCUUUUCACUUGAUAGGGAAGCAUUCCCCUCUUUGAAUGGUCUCCCAGGGGAGACUCACCAUAGUUACAUUGCAGAUAAUUGCGUUGAGAACAACCCAUGGCAUGGAGUACAUGAAUGGGCACUCAAGGAUGAAGUAAACAAGCUUAUCAAUUUGACUCUUCAAGAACGAGAAAAGGAAAUUAUAAGACUUUACUAUGGUUUGGAUAAUGAAUGCCUUACAUGGGAGGACAUAAGUAAGCGGAUAGGUUUGUCCAGAGAAAGAGUUCGGCAAGUCGGGCUUGUUGCAGUAGAGAAAUUAAAACAUGCUGCAAGGAAGAAGAAGCUAGAGGCCAUGCUAUUAAAACAUUGAAUUGGUGCAUGUUUCCUUAAAACUCCAGUAUACGAGACUGUAAAUAUGCAGAAAGGAAAGCUUUAUCUUCAAUUUCCUUUUUCGGAGUAGAAACAACUAUAGGAGAUCAUGUUUGCAAGGGCCCAUCACCCCAAAACUUGCUGUAGAGUUGAGCAUCCUGAUUUAAGAGCUAGCUGGAGAAAAAAAUUUUCUUGUAUUUAUCAUAUAAUUUGAGGGAAAACCUGUGGAUCUGAAAUCAAAAUCAUUCUACUGUGUAUGAUGAUGGCAAUGAUCAACUGUUUAGCUUUAGUCAUUUUUGGAUGGAAAUAAUUUGAGCAUUUUUACAUCCUAUCUAAUUGAAAUCAAUGUUCAUAUCAAAUAAAAGAUAGAAGGAAAUUAGACUGUUUUGUAUU